AUGAGCGUGCGAAAACGAAGCGGGUCGCGUGGAAGCGGCAAGCUCCGCCGCACGGAUCGGGAAGCUCGCGCAGCGAGUCGCGUCAGCAUUGGGCCGUUGGAGCCAGCAGAGGCCGCAGCACUGUUGACGAUGGGGUUCAGACAACCGAAUCACGCCAGCGGCAGCAGCAGCAGCAGCAAGCACAGCUCGCGCAACUCCAGCCGCUCGUCUUUGUUCGCCUGCCGACCCUGCAUUAGCUGCAUCAGCGCCGCCGAUGACGAGGACGACGCAGAUCGCCAGCUCAUGUGCAUCAAAGUCUACUGCUCCACGGUGGAUCCCAACCACAUGUACCACGUUCUUCGCAUUGACACAUCAACUACAGCUGCAGAAGUGGUUGAGAAGAUGAAGCAGCAGGAUGGCAUUGACGAGGAGGCCGACUACUACCUGCUGUACACCAAGUUUUCCGGCGCGUCGCUCGCCUCGCUGCUGCCCCCGCGCGUGCUCGAGCCCUCUGACCAGCUCUUCCCCUUUCACAUGGAGGAGAAGGCGGGCCGCAUCGAGCUGCUCCAGAUGUCGCCGCGACCAGACAACACGGCGCUCACGGAUGCAGAGAGGUUAUCAUCCCCCAUGACCGUGCCCAAACUCGAGCGUGAACCAUCAGCGAAACCCCUCUUCGAUAUGCUCGUCAGACAGGCACCGUUGUUGGAGGACACUGCGACGCGCGAGCUGAUUGUGCUGCCUGCUGGUGUUGUCGGCCUGUGCACGGCGCCGUUUUCCUCCUCGCCCUCAUCCCCAUUCAACACGCAGGACUUUCAAGGACUCGUCCUCCCGCUCCGGUCGUGCGGGUGCGACGAUGCGUGCGUGGUGGUGAACUACCCCGACCAGCACCACCUGUCCAUCGUGCCGCUGCCCGGCCUCUCCACCACCAUCACUGUCGACAAGCAGCCGCUCACGGAGGCGUUUGAUCUACGCGAUGGCGCCAUGCUCGGUGUUGGAUCCAGGGCCUUUCGCGUACACGCUGCCCCGGAUGUGUCGUCACCAGCAGUACCGCUCCCGCUGCCCGUGUUGGACGAAGAGGCGGGGACCGUCGCCUGGACAGCCUGGCACACGGCGCUGCUGCGGGCGCUGCGUGGCGAUGUGCAGCCGACAGAAGCCGUGCCGUCAUCGCCGUCGCCGCAUAACCGGAGCAGCCUCGACGACGAGCAGGCCCUCAAGCUGUUCCUGGAGAUGGAGGAGCUGGCGACGCGGGACGCGAGCAUGGCGGAUGAUGGUGAUGGUGAUGGUGAUGACACGGAUGAUGGUAGCCUGUUUGGACGCGUGCGGGAGAACGAGUCGCCAAACGAGCUUGAAGUGACGACGACAACGGCCAAGCGCGCGUACGACCGCUGGCGCAUGCUGAAGAAAGGGAUGCUGACGAACAUGUGCGAUGUGGACAUGGAGGCCCUGCACCAGGCGGACGUGAAGAACACACGCCGACGCAAGGGCAAGCAGAGCGCAAACGCGAGUGCCAUCAGCAACGUGAGCAGCAGUAACAGGGGCAGUCUUCGCGGGAACGGGCACAACGGCAGUUUCAGUCACAGCCACAACAACAGCCACAACGCGAGCAUGCGCAGCGCUGGUGGUGGUGACGGCGGUGUGACGAAUGCAAGCAUCACUGUGCGGCCGCUGCUCAUCACGUGGGUGAAGCUGAUUGGCACGGUAAUGGCCGUGGAAAAGAGCAGAGCACGCGACAUUCACAACAUUUUUGAUGGCGACAACGACGGAAAGCUCACGCGUGCGGACGUGUAUGGUGCGUCGCAGUUCUUCAACCUCGGCUUCACACCGCAGGAAACCAACGCCCUGUUUGACUUCCUCGACGCCAAUCGUGACAACUACAUUGAUGUGGGCGAGUUUUGCAAGCACGCACGCGUGGUGUAUGUGCGAUCUGAGUUUUUCAGCGACAAGCGUGUGCGGGGCACGAAGCGUGUUGUCCCCGCCAACGAGCUCAUCUCACGCAUCAGCGUCGAUUACUCCACACACGACGACACCAGCAGUGACCCGGGAGCUGGCGUUGGCGUUGGCGUUGGCGGCGGUGACAAGUUUGGUGCUCAUGGCACGCAUAGCACCACUGGUGACUACCGCAGUGACACCGCCAAUGCCUUUGGCCGGGAUGUGAGUGGGAGCGGGGACGCGAGCGUGUUGACGCCCUGA